UGUGCAGAUUUGUGGAAGCUCUGAGAAUGCAGAUGGAGGUGCAGAGGAAGCUGGAGCAGAAAAUGGAGGUGUAGAGACAUUUGCAGCUGAGAAUCGAAGCUCAAGGAAGGCACCUGCAGUCGGUGCUCAACAAGGCCAAGGAGACUCAACAUCACCUGCUCCACUCCGCCUCGGACCACAGCUCUCUCAGUAAAGCAAAGCAAAAAGGCUGCACGGCCCACGUUGUCGAAUAUCAAUCUGGAUAUACCAGUUGGCAGCCUAACUGCAAUCGUUGGUGGCACCGGAGAAGGAAAAACCUCGCUGAUAUCUGCUAUGCUUAAAGAGCUGCCUCCACUCGGAGAUGCAGAGGUCGAAAUCAGAGGCUCUGUAGCUUAUGUGCCUCAGAUUUCUUGGAUCUUCAAUGCAUCAGUACGCGACAACAUAUUAUUUGGAUCUGAAUUCGAGCAAACGCGGUAUUGGAAGGCCAUAGAUGUCACUGCAAUGCGGCAUGACCUUGACUUGCUUCCUGGCCGUGACCUCACCGAGAUUGGUGAAAGAGGAGUGAACAUCAGUGGAGGCCAAAAGCAGAGAGUUUCAAUGGCCAGGGCUGUGUAUUCUGACUCAGAUAUCUACAUUUUUUAUGAUUCGUUGAGCUCUCUGGACGCCAACGUUGCACGACAUGUCUUCAACAACUGCAUCAAGGAGGCGUUGGGAGGGAAGACGAGGGUCCUUGUCACGAACCAGCUGCAUUUUCUUCCCCAGGUUGACAGAAUAAUCUUGGUCUCCGAAGGUAUGGUGAAGGAGGAGGGCACGUUCGAGGAGCUCUCCGAGCAUGGUGUCCUGUUCAAGAAGCUAAUGGAGAAUGCAGGCAAAAUGGAGGAGCAAUAUGCAUGAUAACGGAGAAGGGCUCGAUCUUUGUGAUGAAUCGCCUUCACCUUCACCUUCACCUUCACUUUCUUCCGAUGCUAAUCCAAAAGAUGCAGUCUCAGCUAGGAAAAUGAGAGAAGGCAGAUCAGUUCUGAUCAAGCAGGAGGAGAGGGAGAUGGGAAUUGUAAGCUGGCAUGUUUUGAUGAGGUACAAGAAUGCGUUAGGCGGCUUGCUGGCCGUUGUUGA